UGAGCAAACACCACAGCAUGGAGGGUCCAGCCUCCAUGUCCUCCUUGUCCAGUGCAGCCACCUGAAGAGCCACCUCAGGAAUGGCAGAUGGCGCAGGAGGGACCCGUGCCCAGCUCCAUGGUGACACCCUUCCCCUCUGCACCCAGCUCUGUGGCAGCUUGCAAGGUGGCCACCGGGGCUGGAGAGUGGGGCGUCCGCUGGCCUCUGCAGGUCUUCACGUGGUUUGCCUCCCAGCCUCCCGGCCAGUGCAACCUGAAAGAGAGGACCCCAGCCUCCCAGCUGGUGCAGCCUGAAGGGAGGACCUAUUCCCAUGAUACAGACCCUCCCUCAGGCAAGAGGAAAAGCAGAAGAAGGCCCUAAUAACCUCACCGCCUGCAGCAACCCUGGCUAAUUGUGUGAUAUGGCCCCUCUGAUCCAUCUUCUGCACACAUACAUGCUAAACUGGCAUCGCGUGAUGUGUUUUUAAUUUAAUAUUGAGUAGUGGGCCUUUUCUCAUGUCACGGAAUACUUGCCCAAAGUCGGUUUUUACUGGCUCCGUAAUAUUCCUUCGAACCAUAAUUCAUGUCUCCAUCUCUCCGUCCUGAGCUCCCCAGGAUGAUUUAACAAUGUGCUUAGGCGCGCAUCUGCCCUGAAACACUCCCUCCUUCUGAA